AUGCCGAAAUUACUUGAUCAGCUUCCCGAUGGGUCGACACGAGAUAUGAACUUCUACGACUCGUCCUUCUUCAAAGAGGCAGGUAAUCGUCUACCGACGCCGGCGCAAGUGAAAGCUUUGUCAAGAGAUAUUCACACAAGCCCUCGCCCACAGCCUGUCAUAUUCGAAGCUUCAAAAGUCUUGGUCAAAUUUGGUCCCCAUGUCACAACGACGGAAGCGCAGUGUCUAUGGUUCAUCAAACGGACCUUUGGCGAUAAGGUUCCAGUCCCCGAGAUUUUUGGGUGGCAAGUCGACGAGGAAAAUCAUGUUUAUCUCUAUAUGGAGUUUAUCCAAGGGCAGACAUUACAAGAUCGCUGGAAUGGACUCGAUGAUCUAGACAGAGUCUCUCUACGAUCAGCUAUAUCAAAUCGUCAACGUUUUACGCCAACUUAA